GCUGGUCAAUAGUUUCCACAUGUUACUAUCAUCUCAUGGCUGUAUGAUAGUCUGGAUGAAAUAAUUUGGUGGUCACACUCCAAUUUCCCAGUAGACAAGUUUAUACCCUUCAGGAAAUCCUACCAGAAGCGAUUUCAAAGUGUCUCCUCAAGACAUGGAAAAUAAAAGUACUCUACAGAAUCGAAUCCACUCUACUAUGGAGCGUUUGCCUGAACUAGAGGCCAGAGUCCAGAACCUCAGAGAGGAGCUUUAUAGAGAAGAUGAGAAGAAGCUAAGGCCUUACGUUGGAGAGUCCUUGUCAGUUGCUGCUGAGCCCUAUCAGCUACAAGACAUGAAAAUGGUUCAAGAACUACUUGGUGAAAUGGUGGAAGAUCUGAUGGAUGACUACAUAAUACAUGUGCCUCAAGACAUAAAACCAGAGUGUGAAAAGGAUAAACGAGUCAAGAUACUUGAGGAAAUGUCAUUUGAAAGAGCAGUUCAGCUCAUCAUGGAGCAGUUGGUUUUGGAGGUAACGUUUGAGCUGGCAAAGCAGCUGGGUAAGGAGACAUUCACUGACAAGAGCCCAACGUGGACUUUAGGUUUUGACAUAAUCUUCAGAGCCACAGAAGAAGCAAGUAACAUCAAGAAACAGAGAGAGAAAAAUCAAGAUGAUGUUCAAACCCAUUUUAUCCUACAACAAAUCAAAGUCCGAGAUGACCACAGGAAAGAAAUGUGGAAACACGCACUGGAGGAACAAUGCUGAGGAUGCAAAUGUGCAGAGAAUUGGCUAUAUUGGUGAUGGGUUGGCAUAACUUUAACAUGUUUAUCUAUAAUGGCCCAAUUCUACUCCCAUUGAUGUCAGUGAGUAUUUUCCUUUGCCUUCACUGGGAAUAGGAUCAUGCCAUAAAUUAAUUAAUUAAUGCCAAAAUGCUAUCUUAAAGACAGUAAUUCCAUAU